UUGGUAACUGUCAGCGUUUCGUCUCUGCUGUGCACCGAUGGAAGUGUGCCUUUAAUAGAAGCUAAUGAAGCGUUUCCAUGUUCGAAGGGAUGCCCAAAAGGGUUCGUCUGCGAAAUGCAGGAUACCUUACUCACUCCACCAACGGGCAUCUGUUGUCCAAAUCGAACCGAACUCCGUCUAAUAUACGGAAACGACAAUCGGAAACAUACUGAUCCAAAAUGGGAUCAAAAAGACUCGACUGAGCUCACUGCUCCAUCUACUUCAAGAGAAAAACGCCCUUGCCGUUCGUCCGAAUCGGACAGCUUAUCAUCUCUCGAAGAAGAUGAUAUUCCAUGCGGAAACAUUACGGUAACUGUGUCUGAGAACGAUGAGGUCUUCGAUGAAACAUCUCCUGCCUCGGUGACGCUUGAUGUUCAGGCGACUGUCUCAAGCGACUCAGUUGAUUCAGUCGCUACGGAUGAAGCAAGUCAUUCAGAGCAAUCAGCAGUGACUCAAGAACAAGGAAGCAUGAUUUCGACAAAAGAAAAAGAUGGCCCUAUCGAAGAACGGACAACUCCCACACUUUUGCCGUUGGAUGUUCCGGGCGACGGUGAAAUGCAAAAUGGUUCGGCUACAGUUGGCGACACGAGUGAUGUGGAUGCUUUGGAAGGUUCAGCUGUUCCUGUGGAGGUUUCUAUCGUCGUCUCUUCAGGGAAAGUUGAUGAUGAUACCUUAGUAGAGGAACCAGAUUUGCAUGGCCCAGAUCCGCAAAUUGAACCACGAAGUGGGAAACAGAGGUCAUCAGAUCUCAGUAAGGUCGACCAUGAUACAGAAAGAAAAGCAGCCGCAACGAAAAGCCAGGAUGGUCCUAUUGCGCUUACUGGGGCAGGCACGAAAGAUCUAUUGCCACAGGACAACACCACAGUCGAAACUGUUCAUGAGGAAUCUAACAGGACCAUUGAUGGUCCCGAACAUUCGUCUAAGGUCCAUAUAAUAUCAAAAAUUGGAAAAGAAAUAAGAAAUGACACCUUGGCAUUCAUCAACGAAAGGACGACGUAUUCAUGCAAAAAGCAACCAUCUCGCUGCCUUACGGACUCGGUGGAUGCCCAACCGACAAUUCGUUGGUAUCUCAGUGAAAAGGGAAAAUGCGAGUACUAUUCAUGGAAAUUCUGCCCAGGAGAUCGUGCUGCGGAGUCAUUGACAAUUCGAACCAAAGCAGAUUGUGAACGAAAAUGCCUGAAAAGUCGAAAGGGUAGCGCAAAGAAAGCUCUGACUGAAGUCUCGAAAGGAUUUUCUGGCAAAAACGAGAAAACAGGAACUGAUGUGCAGACGCAGUCAGAGGCUCAGGAACUAAAUGCGGAAUCUGAUGGAACACCCUCUAUUGCAGCAGAGAGAAGUGCUCCUGUGGAUUCUGAUCUGGAGGAACAGCUUCGGGCAGGACUGCCAAUAUCCGAACACGACAAGGUUUUGAAUGAAACGAUAGCUGAACAAGGUCUUGAAGAUAUGGAUUUGCAUGAAGGGUCGGCAAUGGUCGCUGAACCUGAAAUAUUUCCAACGACUGAUGAUGGGUCAGUCUUAAGCAACAUGUCGAGCACUGAGAAAGUAGAACCUGGUGAGGCCCAGGACCACGGGUUUUCGGCUAACGCAAGUCAAAACCAAGGAACGGAGACUAAAGUACUGAAUGCGGUAGCGACUGAAGCAGAAGAAAACGAAGAAGAAAAGAAACUUGAGAAACCUACUGUAACAGAGGUUGUUAAGGCGGAGAUUGAGGAGUCUGUGCAGAAAGGGUCAGAGUCCGCUAAGGGUGCUGACAAAGGCGGUGAGGAGAAGAACAAGAGAGUUUUGUGCUCACGGACCACCUACAGAUUUUUCUGUAAAAGUGGCAAACCGUCUCAGUUUGUUUAUCGGUGGGAGAGGAAGGACGGAAAAUGCCACUCUUUCCCGUAUGGUUACUGCUUGCAUGAGUGGAACCAUCCCCAUCCACGUACUCCGGGCGAAUGCCAACUGUUCUGCUGA